ACUUUUUGGAACCCUAAGCUUGGAACUCUGAUUUCUCCUCUUUUUCGAAGCAGAUGAGCGCUUCUCCGGCGACUUCAUCAGCUGCGACGAGGCUGUGGAGACCGGCUGCUCACCGGAAUCUGAGGAACCAGUGGUCAAAGCUGUCGAAUUACCGGAAACAAUGGAUCGCCGCUUCUUCCGCCGGGAGAUCACACGCCACUUCGCUCGUCAACUCCUUCUUGUCCCUGAAGUAUAUACCCCACAUGGAACUUGGUGUACUGAGCGACAUGCUGAAUAUCAGAAAGAAAGCGUCGGAUAAGUUGUGUAAGCAACAAGAUUCCCAUAGGAGCAACCUUCUAUCAUCUUAUAAGGAAAUGGUGGGGAUCUUAGUUGAGUUGGUGAAUGCAAGUAGAUCCAUGAGAUGUUAUAUCAAGAUUAGCAGCAGUCCACUACUACAGUUUUCCAGCUCUCCAGAAGAUGCAAAUGAUGCUGGUGAUGGCGGCGACAUCCCCGUGUGUAAUUUCUGGACUGUCUCUACAUUCGAGCAGAUGGCCGAGGAGCUUGUGGAGAUGUUCAGACGUGAAGUUAUACUGAAGAGAUUGCUCGUACUGGAACUGGUGGCCUUAAGCACUGAAGUUCCACAGCCUGACAAGUUGAGCUGGUCAACUGAGCUUUACCAUGGAGAAUCCGAGGAUCUGGCCAAAUGUUGUCUGUACUCCACGGAAACACCCGGGCCAGUUCCCCCGUGUCUGAGGGACAAUGAAUCAGUUACUCCGACUCUAUCGCAUACUGCCCAGCCAACCGAGGAAACCUUGCAGAUUUACUUAACAACAUGGUUGACUGAAGUGAACAUUGACACACACAGGGUCGAUGAGAUACUUUCGUUAGCCGGGGAAGAAAUGCGAGUCACCCUUUAAGAAAACAUCUAGUGAUGUCAAUAUGGGUUGCCCAACCCAUUUGGGCCCAACCCAUUUGGGUUUUAAAAAUUAUAGGUUUGGGUUGGGUCAACCCAAUAAUAAUUGUUAUAUGGGUUGGGUUAACCCAUAAAACCCAUAACCACCUAAUUAACCCAUUUAAUUUUCUCACAAUAAACUUAUUAUCAUUUAAACAUAAUAAUCUUUGAGAUAUUUUUUUUAGUUCGUACACAUAUAUAUCGGAUUCUAUUUGAAAAUUAUACCGAUUUUUCGGA